CUAAAAUAACAAAAGUUACCGACGAAUAGUAGCAGAAACGAUCAUCGUACUGCCCUACUAGCAUUUUUCUAGGAUAGCCUAUCCACUGUACUACAGAGACGACUGGCCUAGUAGUAGAAAUGAUCAUGAUGGUAGGCAACCGCAAAGGCAGUACUACGAGUAGGAUAAGAUCAGUAGAGCUGAGGAUAGACCUUUCUAGUGGAUUUUCUAUGAAGCAUGACCGCCUUGGAUUGAGAUGACAGGUGGGAUCUACAUAGUGCACAAGAACUAGGGUCCUACGGAAGGUCCGUUUCGAGACGAAAGCUGAAGCGUUUAACACAACCCUAGGUCCAAGCCGAAACCGAAUGCACAGCUAGUAUAGAAAUACAGGUGAACAAGAAGUCAACGGAAUCUAGUUCCAAGAUGAUAUUUUUUCGCAAAAACUUACUUAAUGCCAUCAAAUAUCGAAAUAAUGUACCUUUUUGAGUUAUGUAAUAUGGGUGCCGACAUUUUUCUUAUAAGUUUCUUUCUGUUUUAAUCUAAAACCAAAACUGAUAAAAAUUAAAAUGUG